GCUACGGGCGAAAGUGGCAACGAAUUGAUAAUGGUCUACGAUUCAUUGUGAUCGCUUGGAAAGAAUACUUUUAUAAUCGUGUGGAAAUGACAAAUAACUCAAUCGCAGAUCCACGACUAUUCUUCAAUCUUCAUUUUGGACAAGAAAAAGCUGAAUGAAGGCGUAGCCUGUCUGGGAAUUGUUGUCGGAUUCUUUACCUGACCAGAAAGAAAAACUAAUGCCCUCUCUCGUCCUGGAGGCUCUCCGUUCCCUCUGAACGUGCAGAAUGAAAAGAUGGAACAGCUGCUUGUACCGCCAGGACCAGACAGCUUCCAGCCGUUCUCCUGCGAGUCCCUCCAGGCCAUCGAGAGGCGGAUCGCAGCGGAGAAAGCCAAGAAGCCCCGAGGGGAGGCCUGCAGCAAUGAGGAGGACCGACCCAGGCCCAACAGCGACCUGGAGGCGGGGAAACCUCUGCCCUUCAUCUACGGGGACAUCCCCUCCGGCCUGGUGUCCACACCCCUGGAGGACCUGGACUCCUUCUACAGCAAUCAGAAAACCUUUAUAGUCCUGAACAGAGGAAAAACCAUCUUCCGUUUCAACGCCAGUCCUGCCUUGUAUUUCCUGAGCCCCUUCAACCUUAUUAGAAGAAUAUCAAUUAAGAUUUUGGUACACUCAUUGUUCAGCAUGAUUAUCAUGCUCACUAUCCUGACCAACUGUGGGUUUAUGGCCCUGAGCCAGCCCCCAGACUGGGCCAAGAAUGUGGAGUACACAUUUACUGGGAUUUAUACAUUUGAAUCAUUAGUUAAAAUUCUGGCACGAGGGUUUUGUGUAGGGAAGUUCACAUUUCUAAGAGAUCCAUGGAACUGGUUGGACUUCUGUGUGAUUGUCAUGGCAUAUGUGACAGAGUUUGUGGACCUGGGCAAUGUCUCAGCGUUGAGAACCUUCAGGGUUUUGCGCGCUCUGAAAACGAUAUCAGUCAUCCCAGGUCUGAAGACCAUUGUGGGAGCUCUGAUCCAGUCGGUGAAGAAGCUCGCCGACGUGAUGAUCCUCACCGUCUUCUGCCUCAGUGUGUUUGCCCUCAUCGGCCUCCAGCUGUUCAUGGGCCACCUGAGGCACAAGUGUGUACGGAACAGCAACCUCACUUACCUCAACUGGAGCGAGCACAUCAACGACCCCUUAAAUUAUUACAUCAUCCCAGGUAAAAAGGACCCCUUGCUCUGUGGAAAUGGCACAGAAGCUGGGCAGUGUCCAGAGGGGUACUUCUGCGUCAAAGCGGGCCGGAACCCAGACUACGGCUACACCAGCUUUGACACGUUCCUCUGGGCCUUCCUGUCCCUGUUCAGACUGAUGACUCAGGACUACUGGGAGAACCUGUACCAGCAGACUCUCCGGGCCUCAGGGAAGCCCUACAUGAUGUUCUUUGUGCUGGUGAUCUUCCUGGGCUCCUUCUACCUGGUGAACCUGAUUCUGGCCGUGGUGGCCAUGGCGUACGACGAGCAGAACCAGGCCACCAUCGAGGAGGCCCUGCAGAAGGAGGAGGAGUUCCAGGCCAUCCUGGAGCAGCUGAGGAGGCAGCAGGAGGACGCCCAGGCGGUGGCGGCAGCAGCAGCAGAGAGGGGUGAGUCCAGUGAGAGAGGAGAGUUCACCGAGACCUCGUCCUCCGCGUCCCGCCUCAGCUCCAAGAGCGCCAAGGAGCGCCGCAACCGGCACAAGAAGAAGAAGACGGAGAUGGAGAGAGCCGACAGCAGGUUCCACCGGUCGGAGUCUGAGGAGAGCAUCAAGAAGACCCGCUUCCGCUUCUCCGUGGACGCCAACCUGCUGUCCUACGACAUGAGGUGUUCCACCACACAGCAGUCCUUCCUGAGUGUCCGUGGCGCCCUGUUCUCCUCCAGACGGAACAGCCAGGCCAGCGUAUUCAGCUUCAGGGGCCGCCCUGCACGCUGCGGCUCGGACAACCACUUUGCCGACGACGAAAACAGCGCGUUCGAGGACAGCGGCAGUAGGCGGAGCUCUCUGUUCGUCCCCCGACGGGCAGACCGUCGCUACAGCAGCGUGAGCCAGAACAGCUUGCUGUCUCAUGUCGUGCCGUCGACCAAUGGGAGGAAGAAGCACAGCUCCGUGGACCGCAACGGGGUGGUGUCCCUCGUGGGCAAGGCCUCUCUUCCCCCGUCACCAGCAAGUCUGCUGCUGCCUGAGGGUGCCACCUCAGACACAGAGUACAUGAGGGAUGAGGGCGGAGCCUAUCAGGCCCCCAUGGACUUCCUGGGAGGCCCUGUGUCCAGACAGAGGGCCCUGAGCGUGGCCAGUAUUAUAACCAACACCAUGGAAGAGCUUGAAGAGUCCAGACAGACAUGCCCGCCUUGCUGGUACAAGUUUUCCAGAACCUUCCUGAUCUGGGACUGCUGCCCAGCAUGGCUGAGGUUCAAGAAUUUGGUCAACCGGAUCGUGAUGGACCCGUUUACGGACCUAGCCAUCACCAUCUGCAUUGUCCUCAACACGGUGUUCAUGGCUAUCGAGCAUUACCCUUCCUCCAUAGAAUUUAAUAACAUGCUCUCUACGGGAAACCUGGUGUUUACAGGCAUCUUCACGGCUGAGAUGUGCUUCAAAAUCAUCGCUAUGGACCCGUAUCAAUAUUUCCAAGAGAAAUGGAACAUAUUUGAUGGCAUUGUAGUCACUAUAAGCUUGCUGGAGUUCGGUUUGGCUAACGUGCCGGGAAUGUCUGUCCUCAGGUCCUUUAGGCUGCUCAGAGUGUUCAAGCUGGCCAAGUCGUGGCCCACCCUCAACAUGCUGAUCAAGAUCAUCGGGAACUCGGUGGGCGCCCUGGGCAACCUGACGAUCGUCCUGGCCAUCAUCGUGUUCAUCUUCGCCGUGGUCGGCAUGCAGCUGUUUGGGAAGAACUACAAAGACUGCAAGUGUAAGAUCAACAAAGACUGCGAGCUGCCGCGCUGGCACAUGAACGACUUCUUCCACUCGUUCCUGAUCGUGUUCCGGGUGCUGUGCGGGGAGUGGAUCGAGACCAUGUGGGACUGCAUGGAGGUGGCCGACCAGGGCAUGUGUCUGAUCGUCUUCAUGAUGGUCAUGGUCAUAGGGAACCUGGUGGUGCUGAACUUGUUCCUGGCGCUGCUCCUGAGCUCCUUCAGCGCUGACAACCUGGCGGCGACGGACGACGACAGCGAGAUGAACAACCUCCAGACGGCCAUCGGACGGAUCCAGCGCGCCGCCGACUUCACCAAGGCCCUGAUGUGCCGCACGGUGCACCGCGUCUGCCUGAGGAAGAGGAGGAGGAGGAAGAAGAAGAGGAGUCAGGGCGAGGAGAAACCUCAAGACGACCUCCACAAAGCCCUGGGCCACAACUGCAUAACCAACCACACCACGGUGGAGAUCCUGAAGGAGCUGGCCUUCCCCAAGGACGGCAAUGGGACGGCCACCGGCGUGGACAACAACGGGGGGAAGUACAUCGUCAACAGUAACAGCGACUACAUGCCCUUCCUUCAGAACCCCAGCCUGACCAUCACCGUGCCGAUCGCCGUGGGGGAGUCUGACUUUGAUAACUUCAACGGGGAAGACUUCAGCAGCGACUUGUCUGACACAGAGGGGAGCAAAGAGAUGCCGGUACACUCUGAGCCCAGCUCAUCUGAGGGCAGCACCGUGGACAUCCGGCCCCUGGGCGAGGGGGGGGAGUCGCUGGACAUGGAGCCAGAGAGCUCCCUGGAUCCUGAGGGCUGCUUCCCUGAUGGCUGUGUCCGCAGGUUCCGCUGUUGCCAGGUGAACGUGGAGGAGGGACGCUGGAAGCUGUGGUGGACGCUGAGGAAGACCUGCUUCAGGAUCGUGGAGCACAACUGGUUUGAGACGUUCAUCAUCUUCAUGAUCGUGCUCAGCAGCUCGGCCCUGGCGUUUGAAGACAUCUACAUAGAGAAAAUGAAGACCAUUAAGAUUUUGUUGGAGUUUGCAGACAAAAUCUUCACAUACACUUUUAUUCUAGAAAUGUUACUGAAAUGGGUGGCUUAUGGAUUUGCAAAGUACUUCACUAAUUACUGGUGCUGGUUGGACUUCCUCAUUGUUGAUGUCUCCCUGGUCAGCCUCGCGGCCAACGCCCUUGGCUAUGCUGAGCUGGGGGCCAUCAAGUCUCUGAGGACGCUACGGGCUCUGCGGCCGCUGAGAGCGUUGUCCCGCUUCGAGGGCAUGAGGGUGGUGGUGAACGCUCUGCUAGGGGCCAUCCCCUCCAUCUUCAACGUGCUCCUGGUCUGCCUGAUCUUCUGGCUCAUCUUCAGCAUCAUCGGGGUCAACCUGUUCGCAGGGAAGUACCACUACUGUGUCAACGUCACCAGCAACUACCGCUUCAAGCUGGAAGAGAUUUCCAACAAGACGGAGUGUCACAAUGCCAAAGGCGCCAGCUGGAAGAAUGUCAAGAUCAACUUUGACAACGUGGGCGCAGGAUAUUUAGCGCUGCUGCAAGUGGCUACAUACAAAGGCUGGAUGGACAUCAUGUAUGCUGCGGUGGACUCCCGUAAUGUGGAUGAACAACCAGUUUAUGAGAUCAACCUCUACAUGUACAUGUACUUUGUGGUGUUCAUCAUUUUUGGAUCCUUCUUCACGCUCAACCUCUUCAUUGGGGUCAUCAUAGAUAACUUCAACCAGCAAAAGAAGAAGUUUGGAGGUCAGGACAUCUUCAUGACAGAGGAACAGAAGAAGUACUAUAACGCCAUGAAAAAGCUGGGCUCUAAGAAGCCCCAGAAGCCCAUCCCCCGGCCUAACAACAAGUUUCAAGGGUGCAUCUUCGAUUUCACAACAAAGCAAGGCUUUGACAUUUUUAUCAUGAUUCUCAUCUGCCUUAACAUGGUCACCAUGAUGGUGGAGACUGACAACCAGACUGAAUACAUGGAAAAUAUUCUGUCCUGGGUUAACCUGGUGUUCAUCAUCCUGUUCUCGGGAGAGUGUUUGUUAAAGAUGAUCUCACUCCGCUAUUACUACUUCACCAUUGGUUGGAAUGUAUUUGACUUCAUCGUAGUAAUCCUGUCUGUAAUUGGCAUGUUUCUCUCGAAUUUGAUUGAAAAGUAUUUUGUUUCGCCAACUUUAUUCCGAGUCAUCCGAUUGGCCCGGAUCGGCCGCAUCCUCCGCCUCAUCAAGGGUGCCAAGGGAAUACGCACGCUCUUGUUUGCCUUGAUGAUGUCACUUCCUGCCUUGUUCAACAUUGGUCUCCUGCUGUUUUUGGUCAUGUUCAUCUACGCCAUCUUUGGCAUGUCGAACUUUGCGUACGUCAAGAAGCAGGCCGGGAUCGACGACAUGUUCAACUUUGAGACGCUUGGCAACAGCUUGAUCUGUUUGUUCCAAAUCACCACAUCGGCGGGCUGGGACAGCCUUCUGGCGCCCAUGCUCAACACUGACGACUGUGACGAGAAAAGCGAGCACCCAGGGACCCCCUACAAGGGCGACUGUGGAAACCCCGCGGUCGGGAUCAUAUUCUUCGUCAGCUACGUCAUCAUCUGCUUCCUCAUCGUGGUCAACAUGUACAUCGCCGUCAUCCUGGAGAACUUCAGCGUGGCCACGGAGGAGAGCGCAGAGCCCCUCAGCGAGGACGACUUUGAGAUGUUCUAUGAGGUGUGGGAAAAGUUCGACCCGCGCGCCACCCAGUUCGUGGAGUACGGCAAGCUGUCCGACUUUGCCGACGCCCUGGACCCUCCGCUGCGCAUAGCGAAGCCCAACAAGAUCCAGCUGAUCUCCAUGGACCUGCCCAUGGUGAGCGGCGAGAGGAUCCACUGCCUGGACAUCCUGUUCGCCUUCACCAAGCGCGUCCUGGGCGAGGGCGGAGAGAUGGACAUGCUCCGCGGGCAGAUGGAGGAGCGCUUCAUGGCGUCCAACCCCUCCAAGGUGUCCUACGAGCCCAUCACCUCCACGCUGCGACGCAAGCAUGAGGACAUGUCGGCCAUCGUCAUCCAGAAGGCUACCAGACACUACAUCCAGCGACGCAGCGCUCAACGAGCCUCCAACGCGUCCAGGAGUCAGGAGACCCUGGUGGACACGGAGGACCUCGUCAUCGAGAGGCUGAACGAGACGUCGACUUCGGACAAGACGGCUACGCCGCCCUCCACGGCAUCUCCCCCUUCCUACGACAGCGUGACCAAACACGACACUGACAAAUACGAGAAAGACAAAACCGAGCAGGAGGUCGCAGGCAAAGAUGGGAAGGAAGACGAAGAGUAGGGCUGGUUGUGGGGAGAGAUGCAACAUAGCCUUUAAAUGACCAAAUGUUUACAGCCUUUGAAUGUGGCCAAAUGUGUGGAGUGGACGCCCUUCAUUGGUGUGGGUAUCUAUGCCAAAUAGACAAUGCUUGAGUUCAGAGUUACAUGUUGGUGCCUGGAGUGAAGACUCAGGAAGUUCUCAGGCUGUCAUGGCUGACCUUUGACUUUUAGUUGGUAUUUUCUGGUAUUUGAAAAGUAGACACUUAUUCUGAACAGGGCCAUGGGUCUCUCAGGCUUUGUGACACUCAGUAAAUUAUUAAGUAUUUCACUUAAUUUGCGGCUCGGUGCUGCACCCAGUGUCUUCAAUACCCUUCUCCUGCCAUUUUACAAACGGAUUUUUCUCACAGAAGCUUGUUUACGAUCCUUCUGUUUUUCUCAGAUCAUAGGUUGUUCUUGUGCUUUCGAUAUUUUUGUAAACAGUCGUUUGUCUUUGGUCUUGUCUUCACCCAACCAAUCACUAUGGCAGUAGGAAAUUUGCUGCAGUUAAAUAGACGUGUACUUGCAUGAAUACCUACCCAUAAUUAUGCAUGUUAUAAUUCACCAUGGCUGAUCUAUCCAUUUCUUUCUUUCAUGAUUUCUGAAGUACUUACCUUCAAUAGGACUUGGAGUCACCACCACACAUUAUUCACACCAUCGCAAAUCUUAGGCAUUCCUUAGUCAGAGAACAUAGUCAGAACUCCUGUAUUUUAUAACAGUAGCUUUGCACUGCCUACAGUAACACACAGACACAGAGGGUGCUAAUGUGCUUACACACACGUGUCAUUCAUUCAUUCAUUCACUUUUCAACCCAGAUGCCACGGCCGAGUCCUGUUGUGUUUUUAGUUGUGGACCCAGCGCUAAGGUUGCUGUAUUUGGCCAGGCUGUCGGUAUUAAGUCGGUCAGUGCUGCCCCUCCGACUCUAAACCUGAUCGACAGACAGCUGAAGUGGAUUGCAGUUCAGCUGUGGUUAAGGGAAAGGUUGUGAGUGGGUCACAUGGUUCUGCGUUUGGACGCUAUCCAUGACCGGCUGAACAUGUUCCUGCUGAUCAGCUCUGGACAGCCUCCCAUGACCCUGACCCCAGCCCAGACCCCAGCCCAGACCCCAGCCCAGAC